UACACUCACUUAAUGCCUUUAUAAAAAGGCUAUACAUUACAAAGGUUGAAAUACAAAACAAGUGAAGCAUAAAUGGCAACACCACCAACACCAGCAGUGUACUCAGCAGAAACCCUGAGGAAGUUGCCAAAGCCAUCAUCAUCAUCAUCAUCACCACCACCAUCACCACCACCACCAUCAUCUUCGAGUGCAAAACAAUCCGAAAGUAGUAGAAGCCAGAAGGCAUACAGAGGAGUGAGAAAACGGCAGUGGGGGAAAUGGGUAUCGGAGAUUCGAGAGCCCAGAAAACACAACAGAAUAUGGCUGGGAUCCUUCAACACUCCCGAGAUGGCGGCCAGGGCUCAUGACGUGGCAUCGUAUUGUCUCAAAGGUAACAAAGCUUUGCUUAAUUUUCCUGAAGAGAUUGAGCUUCUGCCUAGGCCUUCCACUUCAACUCCCAAAGAUAUUCAGGCUGCAGCUGCUGCUGCUGCUGCUGCUGCGGCUGCUCAUGUUGGGACUUCAGACGAGAAAAAGGGAAGAUCGAAGACAUCGAAUGAGGAUGAUUUUUGGAGUGAGAUAGAGCUGCCGGAGUUGAUGGAAUUUCGGAGGGAAUUUUGGCUGCCGGAGAGUCAGUGGGAGGAUAUGCUGAAAUGAAACUUGGUAUGUGUUGGUGGUAUGGGGAUUUUUUAAUUCGAUGGGGAUUAUCCAAGUUCAAAAUUUGAACUUAACCGUUUAGGAUUCAUAGGCUCAUCAUGUA